AUGUUAAGAGAAUUGGAUUAAAAUUAAUUCUAUUAAAAAGGUUUAAUUUAAAUGAGUAACCCUCCUCCAUAAUCAGAGUAAGGGACAUAGCUGUAAAAUCACCCUUUAGCUAGAAAAAUACCAAAGUACAGGGUUGAGAAAUAUCUAAAUUUAAAUGGUUAAGACAAAGAAAAUCAGAUGCUUGAAAGCUACAUAAAGUUUUAACGGUAAGGAGAAAUUUCAUAGUAAAUGGCUAACUAACAAAAGAUUUAGAACUAAAAUCAAGUUAAUUACCAAUAAAUGAUGUAAAAUUUCACAAGUUGUGGUAACAUUUAAAUGCAAGAGAGAGCAACUUUCGGAUAAAAAGAAUCAUCUGCUUUUUAAAAUUAGAAUUACAUCAAUAAAGAUAGAUAGAAUUCUUAAGAUCCAAAUGAUUCAAUUUUAUGCGCUCAAAAGAGUUCAUCUAUCAAAAAGAAUAAUAGUUUUAGCUAUGAAAAACUUGAUUUAAAGUCAAAAAUUGAAUAACCUUAUCAAGUUUUUAGCGCUGAAGUAAAAAGUUGCAAGUUUAGUAAUAGACCUAACAGCUAAGAUUGGCUUUAAUUCGGUAAUUAGUAAUAAUAAUAAAGAUAUGAUGUAAAAAUUGAUUCAAAUGACAAGAAAAAAAUAGCCAAAAAUCUAAAUUUUACAGAUUCUUUUAAUAUCUCUCAAAUUUUAAAAGAUAGCACUAAUAAUUUACAAAAUAUCCCGAAGCAAUCAUAUCAAUAACUAAAUUAAUCAUUCCACUCAAACUCAUCUCUAAAUGGGUCAAGGGCUAUUAUAACUGAAAAGCCUCCUCUAAAUUAGUAAUUCUAAUAAUAAUAAUAAUAAUAAUAAUAUCUUUAAUAUCAACAAUAAUAACAACAACAGUUGUAUUAAAUUCCCAUUCAAAAUCCACCAUAAUAACAGGAUUUAACUAAAAAAAGAUCAAAUUCAAUGACUUAAUCUAUAAUCUCUACAUAAAAUUCUCAGCAAUCUUUAAGGAUUACCCCUGCUAUAAUGAAUUAAAUGUCUCUUUAACACCAAUAAUAAAUAUAAUUAUAAUAACAAUAACCUUUAUAAUAGAAAUAAUAACAAAUAAAACAGUAGGAAAAUAAUUUUAUUAGCCAAAAUUAACCUAAUUAGUAAUUUAAUAUAUAUUCUCAUAAUAUCCACUAGAGCCAAUCUGAAAAUUAGAGUUUUAAUGAUUCUAAUUUGAAAUUAAAAACAUCAAACUUCUGUAACUUAAAUAAUAGUAGCAAUUCAUCAGCUUAAAAAUAAUUUUAGACAAACAAUCCUAAUAUAUAAUAGAGUUCAUAAUAAUAAAUCAUAUAAAAAAAUGUUUAGGAAGAAACCACUCAAAACAAACCUCAUAAUGGGAAUAGCAAUAAUAAUAUGGAUUAAAGCAUGAUGUAUAAGAGUGUGAUCAGUUAAAUAAAUGAAGAUUUCAUCAGUAAAGACAGUAUGAAUCUUUUGCUUCAUGAAGAAGAGUUUAUAAAUUAGUUCAAAGUAAAAGUAGAUCAAGAAAAAAAUAGCAUAAGGUAGAGCUAUGAUUUCAUAAUGAAGCACAUUUAUGAUUAAAUAUCCAUAGAAAUGAAUAAACAAUUUAGUCAGUUAGACAAGUAAAUUGCUGACUUUACUGAUUUAUUUUAGAAAUUUAAAAGUCAUGCUAUUGAGUAUAAGAAUAUUUCAACUUCGAUUCCUCCACUAUCAUCAAACUUAAAAAAUGUUUGGAACAGCUGUAUAUUAAGUAAUAUUAAUAAUUACAUCCAAGAAGGAUUCAAUAAUAACUCUAACAAAUUGCAAGAUAAUAAUCUCUACGAUAUGAUUGAUUGGGAAGAAUGUCUUAAGGCUAAAGUCUAGCAUUAAUAGUAAUAACAUCAAUAUUAAUAAAUUUACUUUUAACAAAAAGAGUUGCUCCUAUAAACAGAAUGCAUUUGUUAACAGAUAUAUUCUUAAUUGCAAACUAAUAGAGUUCCUUAAUUUAAAGAUUAAUCACUUAAUAUUUUCUUCAAUAUUGUUGAUUUGAUGAAACCACAAUAAAGUAAAAAUUUUACAAGCAAUCAAGGAUAGUUAAAUCCACAUCACUUAUUAGAUAAUAAAAAGUAAAAUCUAAGGGAGUCUAAGAAUAACUCUCUUGAUAGAAAUGCUGUUAUUAAUACUGAAUUUUCUCCUGAAAGAAUGGGCUUCAGGUAAUAAAAAACAUAAUAAAAUACUGAUAGCUAACUAUGUUUUGAUGGAUAAACAUAGAAAAAUAUUUGUAAUACAAAUAAUAUAAUGAAUUUAAGCGAAGUUAAUUCUAAAAUAACUAAAACAGAUGUUGAAAAGUGGGACACAAACUAAAUAUUUACAUAGAUUUAAUCAAGAAAACCAUCUAUUGAUGAAAAGAGCCUGGUAUCUGCAUUAAAAAAAGAUUUCAAAUAAUUUGAAGAAGAAUAAACAGAUUCUCUUCCGUUUGACAAAUUAGUAAAAAUGUAGAAAUAACAAUUACAAAAGUAUGGAGAAUAGAAUAGUUAAGGAAAUUUAAAUGAAAAAUAUAAUAAUAAAACAGAGGAAAAUUCAAAUUUAGGAGACACUGAACGCUAAUCACUAAAAAUAAUUGCAUAAGAUUUUGUAGAAAGAAUAGAUUCUUACAAGGCUCCAUACAUGUUUAGAGAUGAAGAUUAAAUUGCUGUCUUAGAGUCAAGUGAAAAUAUUAUUUCAAACUAUUUGAAUGAAAAUGGAAAGAGCUAAAUGGAUUCAAACAAUUCUGUUUAACAACCAAAUGCUGAAAAAAGCUAACAAAAUAAGAAAUCACGUAAAAAUAGUUCUAGGAAUGGAAAGUUAAGUAGCCUAUCAAAUAAUGGAAGUAACCGAAAUUAAUUGUUUACUGAUAGAGAACAAGAAUUCUAGUUCGACGAUCAAUAGGAUUAGUUUAACAAUACUUAUUCGAUUUAACUUAGUGUUUCUAGAAUAAGUAAUUAAGAAGUUGAUUAGUUGAAUGAAACUAUUAACAACUUAAGAUUACUAAAUGAAUCCUUCUAAAACAAUAACCUUAAUGAAACGCUUAUGAAUCUUUAGCUUAUGAACACUUAGAAUAAUUGCUAGAGCAGCAAUAACAACAAUCAAAAUAACAAUAAUGGUAAUAAUAGAUUAAGCUUAAAACAAUUAUUAGCCUAGACAAAUUUAUAAUUAGCACAAUAACUAAAUAUGAACAAUCAAAAAACAAAUAACUAAAAUCCACCUCCUCCACCACCUAAAUAAUAUAACAAUUUAAAAUAAGAAGCAAUUGAUGGCAAUAAAAAAUAAACUUAAAAGAAACAAGAGGAAAAUACUAUAUUCAGUGAAAAUGAGUUAAAAAAGUUAAGAGAGCAGCUAAAAAAAGACGAUUCUCUUGAUGAUAUAUAAAUAAAUGAAAAUUACAGUAAAAAAAAUAUAGAUUCCCCAGCUUAUAAUCCAAAAUUCUUCUAAAGAAAACUGAAAAACUCCAGAGUUAAUUUAAUCUCUUUGCCAAGUUCCAAGACAAUUGAAGAGAAUAAUAAUGAUGAUACAUCUGAGAUAGAAUCCAGCUAAUAUUCUACUUAACAAAAUCCAAAAUAAGAAUAGCUUUAUACUGAAUAAAAAAUGAAUAUUUAUGAUCCUGCUCAUAUAAAUUUACCUCUUUCUGUAAAAAAAGAAACAAAUUAAGAAUUGUAAUAAAAUAUUUCAGAAUAAAAUAAAAAAUUAUCUCAAAAUUAAAAGACUUAAAUUGAUAGCUAGAAGAACUUAGAAUCAAGAAAUAACUUAGAAGAUAAAUUUAAUAAAAAUAAUAACAAUAUUUUAAAUUAUAGGACAAAUUCUCAUAUGGAAAUGCUUCCUCCUUCAUAAUACUAAAAUACUAAAAAAAAUUAUAAUGAAUACAACUCUGUAGAUCAAACAAGAAAAGGAUAUUCUUGCGACUAUGAUUCCUAAAGAAGCAACUAAAGCCUAACUGCUAAAGAAACCUAAGUAUCAAGCGCUUAUGCUAGCAAUUUCGAAGGUUAAUCAGUCAUGAGUAUAAUGACAUCCAAGAGAAGGUUUGAUUCUUUAACUCGAAAUCAUUAAAAUUAAAAUAACUCUUUGAAUAGCUAAUCUUAACCUCCUCAUCCCUCAUAUAACAUAGAAUUUGAAGGAUAUGUCAAAUAAAAGCAAAAUCAUACUGAUUCUUUCUAGCGUAGCAGUUUUAGAAUGAAUUCCUUAUAGAGUUCCAGAGCAGAAAAAAUUAAUUCAGUUUAAUCGCCAAGAAACACUUAAUCUAACAUGGAAGAAGAAGCACAAAAAUAUCUUGAAUUUAAUCCUAUUUCUAGUGAUGGAUAUUAAUUCAUCAAAAGAGACAUUUAGAGCAUUGACAUUUUUAAGCCAAAAACAUAUUCACUUUAAAAUGGAGAAAAUAUAUUGCAGUAAGAGUUGAAUUCAAAAGGAAUACAAGUUAUAAGUUGUUUAUGGGUAAGAGAAAAUAUAUUUGCAUUUGCUACAACAGAUAAUACUUUACUCAUUUACGAUACUUCAAAAGCUAAUAGUGAAAACUUAUAAGAACAAUAAUUAUCUCUUAAAAAAUUCUCUUCUAAAGUACCAAUACAUAAGAUGGUAAGAGUAAACGAAUAAAUUAUAGCGUUGUCAUCGAAGCAAUCUUAAAAUAUUAAAUUAUUUGAUAUCGAUAAACUGGAUGUUUCUCUCCAGUUAAUUGGACAUAAUGAAAAUAUAACUGAGAUGACUUUUAUCUAACCAAGUGUAUUAGUUUCUACAAGCUCUGAUGGAUGCAUGAUAGUUUGGUAAGAUUUUGUUAUAACUCAUAAAAAGCAAAACAAAAAUGAGAUUAAAUUUAUGUCUGCUAUGAAUAACUUAUCUAGACUCGUCUGCAUCGAUAGUGCAAACUAAAUUUUAAUAUAUCAGUUGCUCUUCAAUGAAACUAAAAAUAGAUUGUGUGAAAUAAGAAAUGAAAAAAUAAUUAAAACUUGCUCAAAUAUUUCAUCAAUUAAUACUUAAUUUUCUUCUAAUAAUAUGCUUGCUUGUGGCACAGACGAAGGUAUCAUAAGAAUCUAUGAUAUUGAUGAUGAAAACGUGAUUAAAAUUAUCAAAGUAAGUUUAUCCUAAAUUUAAAAUUUGCUUUUGGUUGAACACCCUGCAUAGAAUUACUAAAAUAUCAACUAUAUUUUAAUAGUUGGAAGUUAAUCAGAUGAUGAUUUAGUUACAUUUUCUAAAAUAUCAAAUAGUAACGAUAUAAUAUCUACAAAUUCUAAAUAUAGAAUAUCUAAAGAAUAUUCAUCCAACAAUUAUUCAACUUUCUUUAUCUAAAACCAAAAUUCAAGCAAUUUAUAACUGUUCACUCUAGAUUAAUCUACAUCAUAAUUCUCGCUCUGGAACAUGAAAUUCUCAUGA